AUGUUGUCGACUGAGUCGCUCCCUUCCACUUUCAUCCUUACCGUAUUGUCGGGAGUUAACAUCGCUCGACUGUCAAUCACCCUUGACACGUACUUUGGCUGCUUGGAGAAGAACACAGUGUCGACUGGGAAGAACGACCUCUGGUGGGCGAUUGGACAGGAAGAAGCCUCCAAUGACAAUAGGUUAACGCGGGGUGGAAAGCCUAAAGACUACGACAAAGCCAGGCUGAGGGUCGAUGUGAACGGCGUAGGAACCAAACUAGACGCAAGGGGAACUCGGAGAUACUUUGCCGAAGGGAAAAGGUGGUUGCUGUUAGAACGUGUCCACGUGCAUAGUAUGGCUAAUAUUCCUUGUCAGAGAGAACGCGACAGCGUCGGCUUGCAGGCUGACUGCAAUCCAAACAAUGUCAGACCUGAAGUCGGGCGCAAUCAGGACAUACAAGCCUCUACCCCAGCGCUUUGUGAUUCUGACGGAGUAUCCGCCAAGCUGACAAAUCUCGUGGUCGGGCCUUUGAAGGACGGAACCGAAGCUUCGGACGCGGGAAAUCAGUUGCAUUGCACUGGGAAAGACCUGGCGGUGCAGCGUACCGAAAUGGUCAUCGGUGUGCCAGUCCUGCAUGGAUGGGCGACGGACGUGUUUGUGGUCUGGGAUGCCUAUCGCCCAAGGUCAAGGCUAAAUUGGAAACCAACAAGCUCAGCAACAUGGGACAAAGGAAAGCAGGAUUCAGCCACACGAGCACGGUGCAGAAAUACGGUAGAGCGCAUUGCGCUUCGCCGUGCCGCAGGAGAGGAGCUACGGCGUGUCGAAGCGCGAAUCGCAGUGCUGACCCAAGAGCAAACGUCGCUAGAGGAGUUCAUUGCAGCGUUGAAGGAGUUCGCAGGUACCGAUCUUCUUUAA